AGUCAUGUCCGCCAGGAGGGCGACCUGUCACAGCGAUUGGACAGUGCAGCUGCACCUCGUCCCGGCAGCAGCAUCUGCCGGCGUCCGCGUCUUUUCUGCUGCCCACAUUCCCCAACGCCGCGCCCGUACCGCGUACCGGUGCUGGUCGUCCUCCCAGCUUGUCCUCUUCUUUCCACCACUUUGCUUUUGGCCGCUCCAACGCCGCCGCUACGUGCUAAAACCAUGGGGAAAAGGAAAGGGGCAGAGGCUAGUGCUGAGCCGCGCCUGCUAGUGGCACUAGUUUACUGCUGCUGAGGGUGAGGGAGGGAACCGCUGUUGUGUUGUGGAGCAGGUGAGUGAGUUCCUUUUAGUCGGGGUCAGGUGUAAAACGCAAGCGAAACGGCCCUUCAUUGGAUUGGCCUCUGUCCGCCUCUUCAUCCCCUUUCGUUGUGCUUAUUCCUUUGGCGUGUGCACUAUCCAUCUGGUGAUUUCGUCCUCCGUUGGGCUUGUGCUGCUGCCUGCUAGCGGUUCUCGAUUUCGCCUGUAAAAGUUUUCAGGUCGAACGAACGCGCGUGCAUUCGGCGGGGGUUAUCUCGGGAUAAUAUCGUCUGCAAAGAUGAGAAGAUGACGGAUCCGUUCCACGAUUGCUUCGGUCCUUGGAGGAAUUAGGCGUCCUAGUAGAAUCCAAAUGCAGAAACCAGUCUCCUGACAAAGAAAGGGCAGUUGCGCACGUGGUGUUCGUCGAAAAGCCACACCGCACUGAGGGAAACUGUCACAUUCGUCACAAUGAGAGAUUUUGCAUCUUGCCUAAGUCAAAGUGCCGUUCAGGUUGCGCAUUCCUCUUCCUCAAGUGGGCAGAACUUGGUGCAGUGUGCAUACCUGGCACGCCUUCGCGGCAAGCCUUGCGUGGUCACCGUCACCUGGAGCAAGGUGGCGUCGGGGCAGGCUUUCGCCAUUGCCAUCCAUGACUACUCCAACCGUUGCCUCUGCAAGACGGAGGUGAAGCCCUGGCUGUUCUCGAAGAGGAAGGGUUCCAAGGUCGUGGAAUUGGAUAGUGGCAAUGUGGAGAUCAUCUGGGACCUGUCAGCCGCAAAGUUCGCGGCUGGGCCAGAGCCACUCGAAGGCUUCCGUGUUGCUCUACUCUAUGAUCUUGAAGUUGUCCUUGUUUUGGGUGACCUAAGCAAGGAGGAGGAUCGCUGGGUUCUGUCGGAUGCUUUGCAUUCUGAUGCAGUCAUGAUAGCUAGGAAGGAGCACAUCUAUGCGAAGAAGGUGUAUUCGGCGAAAGCUCGAUUUUUGGACAUUGGUCAGAUUCAUCACAUCUCCAUAGAGUGCGACACGGCAGGGGCGAGGGAUCCCAGCUUAGAGAUUAGGAUUGGCAAGAAGAAAGUGUUGCAGGUGAAGAGGCUGGCAUGGAAAUUCAGAGGGAACCAGACUAUCUAUGUCGAUGGACUUCCAGUGGAGGUGCUCUGGGAUGUGCAUGACUGGCUAUUUGGUUCCUCGAAUGGAUGCGCCGUGUUUUUGUUUCAGUCAGGCCACUCCAUGGAAAAAUCCUUGUUCAGAACAUGCUCACAGAAUGAAAAGGAGGCUCAAGCACAUCGUUUUGGUUUCACAUUGAUACUAAAAGCGUGGAAGACUGAGUAAGCACUAGGCAGAAACAUGAUGGCAGGUUUCUUCAACUACUCUGCUCUGAAUGUUGAAUAGUAACAGUAGGAAUCUAGGAUCUAGCAAGUCUAACAAGGCCCUUUGCAAGAAUUCUGUGCUUGUUACAUAUGUUGUUCUAGCGUAGUUGACAAGCUGAGAUUUUGAAUAUGCAUAUGAUCUUUGAUAUGUCAUCAAAGCAAUUUAGAUAGGACGUGGGACUCUGGUGCUCAGGUCAUUUAACAUAAUGUCUCACGACUACACUUUUUGAUGAGAAGUUCAUGAUAGAAUAUUAAAAAUGAUGUCUACACUUAUGAUGUCUUUGCAAUUGUUAUGUCAUGUGUUUAAAAUGA